CGCCACCACCACCACCACGACGGCGAACACUAGCCCCCUCGCCGCCAUGGGAGCCCGUCCCCUCCUCAUCCUCCUCCUCGUCGCCCUCCUAUUCUCCACUCCCUCCCCCGCCGCCGCCUCGCCGCACAUCUCCGCCGUCAUCUCGCAGUCGGGCCUCGACUUCGGCAAGGACCUGCUCGUGCCGCGAGCCACGGAGACCCUCGCGCAGCUGAGCGUCCCCGACAUCGCGCAGUCCGUGUACAUCCCGCUCAUCGGCACCGUCCACAUGGUCGCCUCCCACAUCGUGCUACAAGGCCUGGCCGUCGCCGACUCCACCGUCGCCGCCGGGGACACCGGGGUCGUCGUGGCCGCCUCCUUCUCCAGCGUCAACCUCACCAUGGAGUGGAGCUACUCGUACGACUCCUGGUUCGUCACCAUCUCUGACAGUGGGAACGCUUCGAUUCAGGUUGAAGGAAUGGAUGUUGGGGUUUCCAUGGGGAUGAAGAGUGAAAAUGGAUCGCUCAAGCUGUUCGUCACGGAGUGUGGCUGCUAUAUGAAAGACUUGGACAUAACUCUGAAUGGUGGAUCAUCUUGGUUCUAUCAAGUCUUCAUAGAUGGUUUUAGCAAUCAUAUCCGAUCAUCAGUGGAAAAUGCAAUUACGAACAAAAUAACAGAGGGUGCGUCGAAGCUUGACUUGUUCCUGGAAAGUAUUCCAAAGGAGAUUUAUGUUGAUAAAGUCGCUACUGUGAAUGUGACAUUUGUUAAUGAUCCGCUCUUCAAAAGUUCCUCCGUUCAGUUUGAUAUAGAUGGGCUAUUUAUUCCAUCUGAUAAAACUGCUCUUUCAAAACCCAUGCAUUUUGGUGAUACCAAAUAUGCACAGCCUCUUGGCAGCUCUUCAAACAUGCUAUGGAUUUCAUUGGAUGAAGAAGUUUUCAACUCUGUGUCAGCUCUUUACUUCAAGGCUGGUUCACUACAACACAUAGUGGACAAGGUUCCUGAUCAGUUUCUUUUGAACACUGCUAGCUGGAGGCUUUUGAUUCCUAAGUUGUACCGUAAAUAUCCAAACGAAGAUAUGCUAUUGAAUAUUUCUGCUGUAUCACCUCCCUCCGUGAGGAUUAAUGUGGGUGGAGUUGAUGCCACAGUCGACUUAGAUGUCAUAGUUAACGUUUUGGAUUCUGGUGACAUAGUUCCAGUUGCAUGCAUAUCACUGUCAGUUGCUGUUUCUGGAGGUGCAAGUGUUUCCGGGAAUAAUCUUGUUGGGAAAGUUGAAUUGGAUUAUUUCUCAUUCGACUUGAAGUGGAGCGACAUUGGCAAACUCCAUACUAGUAUAGUGCAGAGAGUGAUGCAGAUCGUCCUGAAAAAAUUGUUUGUACCCUAUGUGAACUCGUAUCUCGGACAAGGUUUCCCACUGCCUAUCAUCAAGGGCUUCCUCAUCAAAGAUGCAUAUAUCCUCAUUUCCGAGUCAAGAAUUAUUGUUAGCUCUGAUGUUGCCUUUGUCGAACCAAUGAAGACAUUUAGAGUAAAGCAGUUUGUAAGAUCACUCAGCGAAGGUGUGCCAGUCACCACUAUGUAGCACUGUUAUUUCGUUGUAUUGUAUACCGUAUCAGUUGUAACCUGUAAAUAGCCAUCCCUCGAAAGGAAGUCUGCAAGUAACCGCAGUUGUAACUUGUAAAUAUAUACUUCCACGAAUCUUAACAUAUGAUGACAGCUGGUCUUAUUUGCUCUACCACCAGGUUUAUAUUGGAGAAUUGGCAGAUUUGCGAUUUUAUGAUGUACCUGCUGUUCUUCCAGAUGAACAUGAAUUAUACUUUGUAAA